AUGAGCGGCGCCGUCCUGAACAUUCUCAUUGAAUCGGUCAAGGCUGUUGCUCUCACACUACGGACGCUGGCAGAUACUUUGGACGCUGCUGCAAACAGGGCUUCGGCUGCUCGUGGCCUCGGCCCUUCGGGUGAUCAGAUUGCUAGCGGCUUGGAGCCGCAUCCUGAGGAUCGUAUUCCUGACUCGGUGGACUGGGACUUGGCCUACGAGUUGGUGGCUUCACAGAUUCCUCAUCUCCCUGAUACUUGCCUCGAGUUGUGCAACCGUCUCGCUGGCUCCCAGGACGAGGUACGUGCAAGAGCUGACAGGGCUUGGAUUGCUGGGCAUUGGGCUCGUGCUACAUUGGCUGGAACUGUGCCAAAGCCUCGGCCUUCUCCAAAGCUCACGGCGAGGCCCACGGUCUACAUCAUCCUCAAGGCAGCCUCGAUUUCUCAUCCAGUUCGGGUGUCUUCUGCUGCUGACUGCUUCCGCCUGGUGCCUCGGUUUGAGGACAGCGUUUCUCAUUCCUUCCCAUCGUUGGCAGAAGGAAAGGUCUAUUGCUUGGCCGCUGGAGUCCUGGACCCGGAAGCUUUUCAGAUUGCUGUAUUGAGGUUGGACUUCGAUGCAGAGCAUGGCAACGGGUCGGAGGGCUUUGCAAUCCCAGUUUUGGCACGUCAGGAUGGCUUUUUGUUGGCAGUUCCAAGGAAUUUCAUCUGUCAGGAGAUCAUAGAUCAAGGAGGCUAUGCAGCUAUGGACGACUUGGUAGGCCCGUCUCGGGUCGUAACAGUGCCUGCUGUCCUGGAGGAGGAAGAUGGCACCCUCACGCCUCUCGACUUCGAUUUGGAGGUCCUGCUGAUAGACUUCAACCGGCGCAUUCUGGAUUCUCUCCGAGGCUUCGAUCCAGUCACAGAGGGGCCGGGUAUCUCUCUCUUCUGCGCGGACAGCUUCGAUGUUCUCCCCGAGACCAACUCGCUUUUGGUGGCUACCACUCAAUGGGUCGAGGAAGGGGUGGCCAGCGAGAGGGUUCAGUUCUAUUCAGCAGACGAAGCUCAGGACCUACAUGUAGACGCAGAGCCUGCCCAAAAGAAGAAGACACCCAAACCUCGGGCGUCCACUGCUCCCAAGAGGGUGACUACGGCGUCAUUGGCAGAGCAGCUUGCAGGCUUAGCUCAAAGUCUCCCUGCUAUAUCGUCCCAGCUCGAGGCCAUGAAGAAAAGACAAACCAGGGUGGAGUCACUCUUGGAGUCUCCUUUGAGGGCGGGGCCAGCUGUUCCGGUCCCAGCCCAUCGGCAGCCUUUUCAAAUGCCGGAAGGUGUACAAGUGAAGGCCUCCCCAGGGAAGUUUCUCCGAACCAUUUGGAGUCCCCCUCGUGUGAGGCCCCUCCCUACCAAUCCGGACACGGCUCGUCCGCCCCUGCCCAUCCAGAUGGUCGAGGACGAACCAGUCGCCCUUCCCUCCGAUCCAGACUAUGUGCCCGCGAAGCACGCGCCGACGGCUACAGACCAGCCUCUGCAAAUCUCGGAUCUUCUGCUACAGCAGUCUCAGGCUCUGACUUCGUUGGUGGCUCAUCUGGCUUCAGGGGAUGGCUUGCACGACUUGGGAUCGUCUACCAGCUCUACCGGCCUAUCUCUCCGAGGCUCAACCAAGCGGGAGAAGUUGAUGGGCGAUUUGAGUGCCAGGAAGGGGGAGUUUUUCCUCAAGGUCUCCCAGAAUGCCUUCAGGAGACUGAAGCCGUCCGAGCCGGUUCCAGUGAGUCUAGUCGACAUGAGGGGCAAGAGCGGUCUUGAGUUCCCGUACACCUUUUUCAGAAUUCGUACGUCAGACCUUCUACUGCCACAGAGGACCAUGCAUGUCUCUGAAGAAGCUCUUUUUCCAUUGCCUGUGCCAAAGCCUGGUGUUUUCAAGGUGGCAAAGUGUGGAUCCCGGGAGAGAAAGAAGAGGAGGUUCGAUCAGGCCUUCCAUGUUUUCGUGAUGGCUUUGAACUUUUGGCACUCCGACUUCCACUUCAUCCCAGUCAAGCUGAUGACCCGACCACCGAACAAAGCACAAGCCAUGGCGCUAGAGAAUCUCGGGGCAAUGAUGAGAGCUUUCGGUAGCUGUCGGGAAGAGUUUCAUGUCCCAGGCAGUGGCCGUAGACUUCCUACUUUGGUGUCGCUCCUGGAUGACCUGUCCGACUUUUUGACUCGUGAAGGGCAUGGCAGCGAUCCCUAUUCCAGAGCUUUCCCGGGUGCACCUGAACCUACAACAGGCACUGUUCUUGAGCGGGAUUUCUCCAAGGCCGAAGAGCUGAUUCCUUAUCGCACUUUGGACCCUGCUCGAUUGGCGCUAUUUGGUUCUGUUUCCUGGGAUCUUUCACCUUACCUUUCUGACAAACUUUGGCUGGCCUAUCAAGAGCCUGAAGUGAUUCGUUGGACUCGAGAUGGCCGCACUCCAGAUGUUCCUGACCUCAAGAAGGAGUCCUACCAGUCCACCUUGGGAGAUCAUCUGGGCGUAGAGUUUGCCACAGAAGGCCAUCGAGCUCUCCUGAUUGAGAAUGGUCUCUUCCACGGUGAUUGUGAGCUUCGAGCUGGCCAUGUUUUCCGGGGCGAGAGGCUCGCUUCUGGCUUGGUCAUCGAUGACUUCUAUGCCAUAUCCAUUGAAGAGAGCUAUCGGCUCGAAAAGAAGAGCCUUGCAGUUGAGCAGAUGGAGGAGGCCUCUGAGGUCUAUCGGAAGGAAGGUUUGCUUGGCUCUCCGGACAAAGAUGUAUGGGAUGCUUUGAAAGCCAAGAUCACGGGUGCUGAGAUUGAUGGCAGUCUCUCUGCUACAAAGUUUGGACUGGUCACUAUCGGAAGUCCUGUACGGAAACGUCUUGCUCUGGCUUUUGUUUCUCUUCAGCUGGCCAAGUUGAGGUGGACUUCGGAUUCACUCUGGAGCUGCCUGAUAGGCGGAUGGACAAGUGCAAUGCUGUAUCGGAGGCCUGCCAUGUCUCUUUUUUCCGAGGUCUACCAGGUAUGCCCCAUGGACAUGGUAUGCCAGGAUGCUCCCAAGCUGAUCCCUCUGGCUCGCAGAGCUGCGCAGGAGGUUCUGCUCGUGGCCGUACUUUGCCCCAUUCUUUGCACGGACAUUGCCUCGGGCUUCCAGUCAAAGCUCUAUGCUACUGACUCCUCAGACGCCAAAGGAGCUAUUGUUGAAGCCAAACUGGAUACCUCGACUCUUAGGAUGCUGUGGCGAUCAAGUCGACGGAAGACCUCCUACUGCAGGAUGCAUAGCAGAACCGAGGCCGCUAUCCGGAAGAUUGAUCCCAUGUUUGAGGAGGAGCCAGGAGAAGAGAAGAAGGAUGUGAUCCAUCCAGACCGCCCUCAUGCCUUCAGGUACCACUUCAUUGAGGUCUGCGGUGGAGCCGGCAAAGUGACUGCAGCGGUCGCUUCACAUGGCUGGGUGGUGGGCCCAGUCAUCGAUCUUGACAGAUCUCCUCACUAUGAUCUGUCUUGCCUGCAAGUCCUUCGAUGGAUGUUUUACUUGCUGGAAUCAGGUUGCUUGUACAUGGGCUAUCGUUUUGGGCCUACUCGUCUCCUCCCAGCUGAUCAUCCGACCCGAGACAAUGAUUUGCCUGCUUCCUCAGAAAAAAGCUUCUUGCAGUGCUGGACAGAUGGCCAGAAGUAUGAUCUCCAGCUGGAGAAGCUGUCGGUCCCUCGAGUUGCGGCAAAUUGGGUCAGAAUGUUUUUGAGACUUCUUGGCAACCCGCCCCCGUGGCUGGGGAGCAGCGACAGUUGGAGAUAUGCUCAUGUGGUCUACAAGCGCUACCCCUUUGGUCUGGCCUCACGAAAGGGCGCAGGAGCUUCACAAGAUGACACCGACUUCAAUGCCUGUCUGGGCUACCCUGGAGAAGGCCUGACUCUGGAACAGUUGCUUUUUGUUGGUGAGCCCGACAUCGACACCAUCAACAUUUUGUUGCAGAGUUUUGGCCGCCAGGCCUACAAGGUAGCUAGAUUAGAUCAGCCCCAGCUGCUACAGGUCAUUGAGAUCGCCUUCUCGAAGCUGACCCCGGAGAUUGGGAAUCGCUCUGUGAAGUGCGCUGUUUGGUUGGAGGACCCAAAGACUUGGUUCCGGAUUUGUGACGUGGAUGGAGAUCGUCGCCUAAGCCGAGAUGAGGUCAUCAGUGCAUUGAAGGACCAUAUGGCGAUCGAGAAGUUUCGCACCGAUGAAGCAAGCUGGCGAACAUGGGACACCGACGGGAGUGGCUUUAUCGAGUACGUGGAAAUCAUGGACGAAGAGUGGGGGUUGCUGAAGUUCAUCCGUGACACCUUCACAAAGUCAGAGGCAGAAAAACCAGUCCCAGAUCUUCGGAAGGACCGUGAUGGCUGGUACAGGCGUUGGGAUGAAGAUGGAAGUGGCGAACUGGAGUUUGAGGAGGUGGUGAGGGCUUUUGCCAAAAGCUUCAGAAUCAACGUUGCUGGCAUUUCGCAGCUUCGGGAGACGCUACGGGCGGCCGGCGUGCAAUCGCUAGCAGAGAAGUUCAAACUGGAUGAGCGAGCAGCCUACAAGCUUAGCGAGGUGCUGUCGACAAAGCCCAAUAAGAAAGAUGUUCUCAAAGCUUUGGAUGUACACUUGGCAGCCUCCAACAAUCCUUCCGCGUUGGUCAUGUUGAAGCUGGCUGAUUUGAGGAGGGAUGUGCCGCUGGGAGAGGUUCCCUAUGGAACAAAGGGGUACAGAGACCGGCCCUACUUGGGGAACUAUGACCGGGAUGGUCGCCGCAUUGGCAGGGGUGAGGACAGGACACAGCAGCAGGCCCUUUUCGCGUUGCCUUUGAAGAAUGGUAACUGGUUUCUUUGCUUCCUUGCCCUGCUUCGCCUUGCCCUGCCUUGCUUGCUUUGCUUGCUUGGUCUUCCACCUGGUCUUCUCCUACUCGAAGAAAGGAUACAAGGCUUGUGUGUGCCCCGUUGCUCCAUCUUGCUGCAUGUUCUGGCAUGUUGCUGCAUAUGUUGCUGCAUUCACAUUCAAAAUAAGUGA